CCUUCAAGAAUUUUUCUUUUGGAGAUAAGAAUUGUAUCUCAUUUUCCAAUCAAGAACUUUUGUCCACAAAAAUUCAAGAAAUGGCGAUGAAUGCGACCGCGGCGAGUAGUUGUCCGGCGAUGAUGAAGGCGACAUCCAACGGCGUAUUUCAGGGUGACAAUCCGCUUGAUUUUGCCCUUCCUUUGGCCAUACUUCAGAUAUGUUUGGUCGUCAUUCUCACUCGUCUUCUUGGUUUGCUUCUUCGUCCACUUCGACAGCCUCGAGUUAUUGCUGAGAUUGUUGGGGGAAUAUUGCUGGGGCCGUCCGCCGUCGGCCGGAGCCUGGAUUUCCUACAUACAGUGUUUCCGGCGAGAAGCCUCACCGUGUUGGACACAUUGGCCAAUUUGGGUCUUCUCUUCUUCCUAUUUCUGGUCGGCCUGGAAUUAGAUCCCAAAUCCCUCCGCCGCACCGGAAAGGUCGCAUUGGGCAUAGCCAUGGCCGGAAUCACCCUCCCUUUUGUCCUCGGCAUCGGCACCUCCUUCGUCCUCCGCUCCACCAUCUCCAAUGGCGUCCAUGGCCCUCCCUUCAUCGUCUUCAUCGGCGUCGCCCUCUCCAUCACCGCCUUCCCCGUCCUCGCCCGGAUUUUGGCCGAGCUCAAGCUCCUCACCACCCCUCUCGGCCGCGUCGCCAUGUCCGCCGCCGCCGUCAACGACGUCGCCGCCUGGAUCCUCCUCGCCCUCGCCGUCGCUCUCUCCGGCACCGGCCGCUCCCCUCUCGUCUCCCUCUGGGUCUUCCUCUGCGGCUCUGUUUUUGUCCUGUUUUCCGCCCUUGCUCUGCCUCCCGUCUUUCGCUGGAUGUCCCGCCGCUGCUCCGACGGCGAGCCAGUCGCCGAAUUGUACAUCUGCGCGACGUUAACCACCGUCUUAGCCGCCGGAUUCGUCACGGAUUUGAUCGGAAUCCACGCCCUGUUCGGAGCUUUCGUCGUCGGCGUCCUCGUCCCAAAAGACGGCCCGCUCGCCGGAGCUCUGGUCGAGAAAGUCGAAGACCUCGUUUCCGGUCUAUUCCUCCCUCUCUACUUCGUUUCCAGCGGAUUAAAAACCAACAUCACCACCAUUAAAGGAGCCCAAUCGUGGGGCCUCCUCGUUCUCGUCGUUUGCACCGCCUGCGCCGGGAAAAUCAUCGGCACCGUCUCCGUUGCUCUGUUUUGCAAAAUGCCGCUCCAAGAAUCAUUGGCUCUGGGAUUUCUAAUGAACACCAAAGGGUUAGUCGAAUUAAUCGUCCUCAACAUCGGGAAAGACAGAAAAGUCUUGAACGAUCAGACAUUCGCGAUUCUGGUUCUGAUGGCGAUCAUAACGACGUUCAUCACCACGCCGGUCGUGAUGGCGGUUUACAAACCGGCGGCGAGGAAGAGCAAAUCGGAGUACAUCCACCGGAAAAUCGAACGGGAGGACGCGAAUUCGGAGCUGAGGAUUCUGGCUUGCUUCCACUCGGUGAAUAACAUUCCGGCGAUUCUGAAUCUGAUUGAGGCGUCGCGUGGAACGGAGGGGAAGGGGCGGGGGCUGUGUGUUUACGCGAUGCAUUUGAUGGAGCUGACGGAGAGGUCGUCGGCGAUUGCUAUGGUCCACCGGGCGAGGAAGAAUGGGCUGCCGUUUUGGAAUAAAGGAGGGAAAUCGGAUUCCGAUCAGAUUGUGGUGGCGUUUGAGGCUUUCCGGCGGCUGAGUCGGGUGUCGAUACGGCCGAUGACGGCGAUUUCUUCGAUUUCUGAUAUGUAUGAAGAUGUCUGCAACAGCGCCGAGAGGAAGCGGGCCGCCAUUAUCAUCCUUCCCUUCCACAAACAUCAAAGGUUUGAUGGAUCUUUAGAGACAAGAAGAGCAGAUUUUCGAUGGGUUAAUCAAAAAGUUCUAGAACAACCACCAUGCUCCGUUGGGAUCCUAGUCGACCGAGGGCUCGGAGGUGGGUCCCACAUUUGCGCUAGCAAUGUCUCGUCAAUCGUAACUGUGUUCUUCUUUGGUGGGCGGGACGAUCGUGAAGCUCUUGCUUAUGGCCAUAGAAUGGCGCAACAUCCGGGAAUAACCCUAAACGUAAUACGUUUCGUUCCAAGCCUCGACAUGGGUGCUGAGUCUAUUAGGAUCGACUUGAACAAAGACGAAGAUGUUUCAAUGACCGCAGAUGAGAGGGUAUUGAUGGAGUUGAAGAUGAAGAAAACAGGUGAUACUGAGGAGUCGAUAGUGUAUGAAGAGAGAGUGGUGAGCAAAAGCAGCGAUGUAAUUGAAGUAAUGAGAGAGUUCGGCAGAUGUAAUUUGAUAGUGGUGGGUUUGGCAUCAGAAGGACAGGUGGUGGAGAGUCUUCAAUCAGUUCGUGUAGUGAAGAGCAUGGAAUGUCCGGAGCUAGGCCUGGUGGGGAGCUUGUUGACGACACUUCCAGAGUUGUCAGCGAUAGGUGCUUCAGUGUUGGUGGUGCAACAGUUUCGUGGUCCAUUAUUGCCUUCUUCCUCCACCACCACCACAGCGAUGAUAUUGCCAGAACAACUUAAUAAGUAAAUCUAACAUAUCACUACCAUCCAUCAGCUUCAAGUUUUUAAGUUGGUUGAUGAUUUAAUGUGGCAUCAGAGGAGGCGUAUAACAUAUGUGGAGAUGAGAAGUGAACCUCCCAACUCUAAGAAACGAGCAAUGUACCUUAAUUGUUAAACUAUGUUCAUGGUACUGAUAGAUUUCCACAUGUUGGGUCUUGUGUUAGAGGGGGCGAUUUUACACUUUCUAUGUGGUUAAUUAAUAGAGCUUGCACAAGGAGAAAUUAAGCAACCACACAAAAAGGUGGGUAGAGUACUUCUUUGAUCAAUUAAUUAAUUAAGUCGUGCUUUGUGAAACAAGACGGUGACCUUCAAUUCUAAGUA